AUAAGAAACAGCGCCUUCUUCCCCCAUCUACCCAUCCAUCCGUCGGCCAUCACAGUGUGGACGCGUGCGGCUGACUUGACCUGCUCUUGCCUUGCCCAACGACGAGAGAGAGGAGCGGAUCGGAGGAGGAGGAAAGGUUCGGGAGAUGGCACCGCUGAAGCUGUACGGGUUGCCGCUGUCCCCCAACGUGGUGCGCGUGGCCACCGUGCUCAACGAGAAGGGCCUCGAAUUCGAGGUCGUCCCCGUCGACCUCACCACCGGCGCCCACAAGCAGCCCGAGUUCCUCGCCCUCAACCCUUUCGGCCAGAUCCCUGCGCUGGAGGACGGGGAUGAAGUCCUCUACGAGUCCCGUGCGAUCAACCGGUACAUCGCGACCAAGUACAAGUCGGACGGCGCCGACCUCCUCCCGACCAUCCCGUCGGCGAAGCUGGAGGUGUGGCUGGAGGUGGAGUCGCACCACUUCUACCCCAACGCCUCCCCGCUGGUGUACCACCUCCUCGUCAAGCCCAUGAUGGGCGGCGCCCCCGACCCGCUGGUGGUGGACAAGCACGCGCACCAGCUCGCCAAGGUGCUCGACAUCUACGAGGACCACCUUGCGAAGAACAAGUACCUCGCCGGCGACGAGUUCACGCUCGCCGACGCCAACCACAUGUCCUACCUGUUCUACCUCAGCAAGACACCCAAGGCGGGCCUCGUCGCCGAGAGGCCACACGUCAAGGCCUGGUGGGAGGACAUCGCCGCCCGCCCCGCGUUCAAGAAGACCGUCGCCGGCAUCCCAUUCCCACCGCCGCCCUCCGCCGCCUGAGCUGUCGCGGAAGCGUCGAAUAAAAUUAAGAUGCUCUGGUGCUGCUAGAUCCGUGGAAUAAACAGCGUGCUUCUUGUGAUCGGUUGUUGUGCCACGAGCUCGGCGGACGCGAUGUGCAAUUGCUUUUGCUCCUCGAUCGUCAGAUAUUGUGUUGCUGUUCCUGUUUGUUUUUCUAAUUGUUCUUGUGAUUAGCGACAUGCCAGGUAUUGUGAAGUUGAUCUUUUGUAAGCUUCGAUCAGCGCUUUAUUUCUAUUUCCCCUUACCGCGUUGAUCGCGCGUUUUCCAUUUUGUCCUGGAUGAAAUGAACUGCGUUUUGGAAA